GGGCCUUCCGGGGAGCACGGGGGCGGGGCCGACCACCUGUGCGCACGGCCCCGGGAGGAGGCGCCGCCAGUCCGCACCGCUUCCAGCCGCAGCCGUCGCCGGGGAGGCGGUGUUGUCCAACGCCUGCGGAGAUCGCUCGCCAUGAAGCCCAACUUCUCUCUGCGACUGAGGAUCUUUAACCUCAACUGCUGGGGCAUUCCCUACCUGAGCAAGCACCGGGCCGACCGCAUGAAGCGCCUGGGAGACUUUCUGAACAUGGAGAGCUUCGACCUAGCUCUCCUGGAGGAGGUGUGGAGUGAGCAGGACUUCCAUUACCUGAGACAGAAGCUGUUGCCCACCUACCCAGCUGCACACUAUUUCAGUAGUGGUGUCAUCGGCAGUGGUCUCUGCGUCUUCUCCAAACAUCCUAUCCAGGAAUUCACCCAGCACGUCUACACCCUCAAUGGCUACCCCUACAUGAUCCAUCAUGGAGAUUGGUUCUGCGGGAAGGCUGUGGGGCUGCUGGUGCUCCAUCUAAGUGGACUGGUGCUCAAUGCCUAUGUGACCCACCUCCAUGCCGAGUACAAUCGACAGAAGGACAUCUACCUAACACAUCGUGUGGCCCAAGCUUGGGAACUGGCCCAGUUCAUCCACCACACAUCCAAGAAGGCCGAUGUGAUUCUGUUGUGUGGCGACCUCAACUUGCACCCGAAGGACCUGGGCUGCCGCCUGCUGAAGGAGUGGACAGGGCUGCAUGAUGCCUACCUCGAGACCCGGGAUUUCAAAGGCUCUGAAGAAGGCUGCACCAUGCUGCCUGAGAACUGCUACGUCAACCAGCGGGAGCUAGAGCUAUUUCCGUUUGGCAUCCGCAUUGACUACGUGCUGUAUAAGGCGGUUUCUGGCUUUUACGUCUCCUGUAAGACUCUUAGAACCACUACAGGCCACGACCCUCACAGUGGCACCCCCCUCUCUGAUCAUGAGGCCCUGAUGGCUACUCUGUGUGUGAGACACAGCCCCCCCCAGCACACCCCCAGCCCUACUCAUGGACCAGCAGAAAGAUCACGGUUGGUCAGUAUAUUAAAGGAGGCCUGGAUAGAGCUGGACCUGGGCGUGGCUCAAGCUCGCUGGUGGGCCACUUUCGCCGGCUACGUGAUUGGUCUAGGGCUGCUGCUCCUGGCCUUGCUGUGCGCCUUGGCAGCUGGAGGAGGGGUGAGGGAGGUUGCCAUACUACUCUGGACUCCCAGUGUGGGACUGCUGCUGGGGGCAGGGGCGGUCUACGUCUUCCACAUGCAGGAGGCCAAGGGCUUGUCUGGGGCUCGGGCUGAGCUCCAGCAUGUGCUGGGAAGGGCAAGGGAGGCCCAGAAUCUGGGCACAGAGUCUCCGCCAGCCCUGCUCCUGCAGCAGGAGGGGGAUGGAACUGAGGAACAAUAAAGUUUGACACUUUUGUG